AUGGCUAUUGCACGACACCAUUCGCCGGUUUUCGAAGCGUCGCCUUCACCGCAACCGCUGCCUCUCACCAAGCGCGACGUACGCCGCAACAGGAUCAUGGAGAAGCUGCAAGGCAUGAUCGAUACCUUUGCCCAGAACCAGAACCAACACUAUCGCGCACAACUACAAGGCGUUCAGGUGGACAUGACCUUGGUUCUGAAUGCCGAUCCCUAUACAGACGGUCCUCUGGGCGACAGCCACGACGACAUACAAGAGCUGAUUCAAGGCUUGAUGAAAGGCGAUCCACAGGGUAACGGAGGAGUCAGCUUACCCAAUGACGAUAACGUCAAAGCUGAUUUCUGGAGCAUUGCUGGCAAGCGUUAUGGCGAGUUUGUCAGAGAUGUCAACGAGUCCAUUGAGCAGCGCGAUACCGAUCUUACAGCCUUGCAUGACAACUACGAAUCCGCUCUCGCUGAGCUGAACCGCCUACACGAGCAGCGGUUACAUCAAGCCGAAGAGGAGCACAAAGCCCUCUCAGCCACCAUCCGCGAUCGCCUGAUCACCACGUUAAACAAGAAGCGCCAACAGCUCAUGCGCGAGAAGGAGCAGCUUGACAUUUCCGACAGCAACGCCAUGCUUCUCCACCCAAACCACUUUAGCAUCGGCAACAACCCAGGCUCACCUUCACAGACUGGCCUAGGCGUGAACAAGCGAACGAGAUACCUGCGACACCACCGCGCGGCGAGUCCGGCUCCUGCAGCCGCAGAGCCUGGCGAGGUUGGCAAGAGAAAGAGAAAAUUGGCACCAGCUGACGACGACGCCGGCAACGAGUCACCUAUACCACACCUUUCUGGUGGCAGAAGCCCGUUCAAGGAAGCCAAGAGCGUGCGAGAAUACGCACAAUUUGAAGCACCCGCAUACUCUAUCGAGAGACUGUUCACCGAGAAAGAGCUUGCGAUGGCCACACAGACUGCGAAGACGGCAACGUGGAAGUACUUCAACCAGUCUGACAGAAAAGAGUCGGGCUCAACUAGCAAUGCUACUGCUGUCCCUUCUGUAGACGGCGAGGUUGUCGAG